GCUUGAUGAGCAUUGAGAAGGAUAAAGAACAAAGUAAGAGUUUUAUCCUCUUAGCGUACGCUUAUCAAUGGUGAAAUCCACUACCGACAGUAUCUUCCGUGUAAAGCUUCAAACACAUCAACAGUGAAGAGAGAGAAAGAAGGUGAGAUUGAGACACCAACGCAGACUUCCCAAUAAAAGCAACAAAGUUAGAGAGAGACUCGUGGAAGGAAGUUAAAAUACUCGUAAGCUAAAAAACCUGAACAAAUUUAUUCUGCCCCUCUCUCUGUCUCUGAGAAAAAAGUGGAAGAGGGAGACAGAGAGAGAGAGAGAGAGAGAGAGAGGAGACAAAAUGGCUAAGUUUAUGGAAGGAUAAGAUUUGAUCUCUUCCUCUCUCCCUACAUCUUCCGUUUAUCUUCUUUGUGUGAAGAAACAGAUUCCAGGACUUUGUGAAGAGGUUUCUAAAGAUUCUUUCAGGCUAGCUAUGGGAACUCUUGCAAUUGAUAUGGAGGGUGUAGACGCAGAUAUAUACCUUGCUUUGGGACUCAAAGAAUUGGGUAAAAGAGCUAUUGGAACUCCACGGAUUUUAUCACUUCUUUCUUCACUUCUUGAGAAAUCUGUCCAGAAAAAUGAGAUGCAAUCAGAGACAGUAGACAUUAAAGAUAGUGUUGCAAUCUUUCAUGGGUUAAGAGCUCCCAGUAUAAGCAUCCAGCAGUAUAUUGAUCGCAUCUUCAAGUAUGCUGGCUGCAGCCCUUCGUGCUUUGUUGUUGCAUACAUUUAUGUGGAUAGAUUUGUUCAACAAACUGAUGUGCAUUUGACUUCCCUUAAUGUUCAUCGGCUCCUUAUAACAAGUGUUAUGGUAGCAGCAAAAUUUAUUGAUGAUGCGUUUUUCAACAAUGCCUAUUAUGCCAGAGUGGGAGGGAUAAGCACAGCCGAGUUGAACAGGUUGGAGAUGAAAUUUUUGUUUAGUCUAGAUUUCAGACUUCAAGUAAGUGUCAACACAUUUCAAAGAUACUGUUCUCAGCUGCAAAAGGAAUCUUCGGAAGGGCAUCAAAUUGAAAGGCCUAUCCGAGCCUGUGGAAUUAAAGAGAGUUGGUCAAGCAAAAGUGAUACGCAAUGCGCUCCUACAAUUGCGAGAUGAAGAUAUGAAGUCAUCUUGUUGUAUAAGUAAAAUCCCACGUGAUGCUUGAACACGGUUGAAGUUAGAAAACUUGGAUGAUGAAUAGAGAUGUCAAAUGUAGUUUUAGUGAUGAUUCUUGAAGAAGCCGCAAGCUUGCUCCCUCGCAUCAUUUUUUUUCCUUGUGCCAUUACUUAGCAAUGAUUGUUUUAUGUUCCACGCUGUUGUUUA